UUGAUUAGUGAUGGCCUCAGAAAUAUUAACUUAUGAUCUCAGAAGGCAAGUUGCGCUGACAAUGAUGAUGACGACGAUGAUGAUGAUGAUGAAGAGGCCGCAGAUAUGGAGGAGUUUGAAGAAAAGGGGAUGCUCGAACAAGAUGAUCCAAGUGUGAUUCAACCUAUAACCAAAACAACCACUAUAGUUUCAACUCCAGGAAGCAGCACAGGGGAAGGAGGGGAAAUAUUGCAAACAAGGACGUAUGAUCUUCACAUCACCUAUGAUAAAUAUUACCAGACGCCUCGACUCUGGUUAACUGGCUAUGACGAGAAUCGACAGCCCUUGACAGUGGAGGAGAUGUAUGAGGACUUUAGUCAAGACCAUGCUAAUAAGACUGUCACCAUGGAAACCCAUCCACACCUUUCUGGACCACCAAUGGCUUCAGUUCAUCCAUGCAGACAUGCUGAGACGAUGAAGAAGAUCUGUGAAACGGUGUUGGAGGGAGGCGGAGAGUUGGGUGUUCACCUGUACCUCAUUGUCUUCCUCAAAUUUGUCCAAGCCAUCAUCCCCACUAUUGAAUAUGACUACACUCACAACUUCUCACUCUAACUGUCAUAAUAAGCCUCACCAUCAAAAGUAAAUACUGUACUGUACCCAGAUGUAUAUCUAAGAGAGUUACAUUUCAUACUGAACUAAAAUACUUUCAUAUGUAUUGAAUUUGAAUAAUAAUCUAUAAUGACCCA